AUGAGCAGCCCCCGAUGCCGCCGCCGCUCGCCGGCGGUGAAGACGCCGCUGGAAGACGACGACCUCCUCUCCGAGAUCCUCCUCCGCCUCCCGCCGCGGCCCUCCUCCCUCCCCCGCGCAUCCCUCGUCUGCAAGCGCUGGCACGGCCUCGCCUCCGACCCCGGCUUCUUCCGCCGCUUCCGCCGCCACCACCGCCGCAUCCCUCCGCUCCUCGGGUUCUUCCGCAGGUACGAACUCACCUUCGUGCCUACCCUAGAAGAUCCGGACCGUGUCCCGCCCGGGCGCUUCUCCUUGCAUCGCGGCGACGGCGACCGCUUCAUGUCCCUCGGAUGCCGCCAUGGCCUCGUGCUCAUCGUCAACUUCACGCCCAGACAGAUGCUGGUGUGGGACCCUGUCACCGGUGACCAGCACCGACUCGCCAUUCCACCGGGGAUCGCGACACAUUCAGGGAAUAUGAUAAUCACCGGGGCGGUGCUUCGCGCUCGCGGCGGAGGCGCCCACUUCCAGGUGGUCUUGACAGUGGCAGACAACCAGGACAAGCAACGCAGACGAGCGCUCGCCUGCGUCUACUCGUCAGAGACCCGCUUAUGGGGUGAUCUCAUUUCAACACCGCUUCCCUUAGGGGUUCCUAGGAGUGAUCAACCCACGGUUGAAGACUUUGCUAAUGUACCCACCUUGGUUUUUACUGGCAAGCCCGCUGUGCUUGCUGGGAAUUUCCUUUACUGGGUGCUUGUUGGGAACUUUCAAGGAAUUCUUGAGUUUGAUUUGGAGAAGCAAAGCCUAGCUGUGAUACGGGUGCCACUGCAUAUGCUUGAAAAUUUCCACUUCUUGAAUAUGAGGGCAGAGGGUGGUAGCCUCGGUUUACUCUUUUCGAAAGACAGCACCAUUCAAUUGUGGAAGAGGAAGACUGGUUGUGAUGGUGUUGCUUCAUGGGCACUCGGAAGAACUAUUGAACUGGACAAGCUGCUUUCCCUAGAGUCACAACAAGUAUCAGUAAGAAUACUAGGUUUCGCUGAGGAAAAUAAUGUGUUGUUCCUGCAGACAUGUGGCAUCCAGUAUAUGCUCCAUCUUGAGUCGUUGCAGUUCAAGAAACUAAGCGAAAGCAUAUUAGCUUCCAAUUUUCAUCCAUUUGAAAGUGUCUACACUUCAGGUAAUGGAAUGCCUUCAGAUAUCACGUUUUAUGUAAUGAUUAUUGUAUAGAAAUAUAAAUCUUUAACUUUUUUAGUGCUAUUUAGCCACAUGGUGGGCUGCAGUUGGUCUACUGUUAGCUUCAACUCUGUAUUUUUUGUUGUCCAAGUCAGAGCUAGCAAACUGUCUUUAUCAGUUUAUUACAUAAAUAUCCAUGCAAAUGCAGUAAAACAAUGAUCACCAGCCUAUUCACAUAUGCACAAAUUGUAUAAUGGUAGUUUAUGUUCAUAGCUGUUGUGCAGUUUUUCCACAA